CUUUCUAAACACUUCCAAUCGCUUCCAUUACUUUCUUCUUCAUCUUCUUUCUUUUUUCUACCCCAAUAGUUUCACUUAGAAUCUGCGAAGAAGAAUGGAUCCCAGAAUUGAUAAACUGGUGAGAAGGACAACCAUGGUGGCUACUGUUACUGCAUCAUAUUUCCUUCUAACUGCAGAUUAUGGCACUGAACCAAGUGUUCUCGAUCCGAUUAAAAAUGCAAUAUUGUCAGCAGAGCAUUCUCUCAAAGAGUCAAUCUUUGGACCAAAGAAGGGUGUUGAAGAACACGAGGCUGAGAAACCGCCCCCUAGCUCUUUGGAGAAACAUCAAAAGUCUGGUGGCUAACUGGUUUUCCUCGUCCAAUCAUGCAGUCUGUAGGAUUACAGCUUAAUCCAACAUCUGGAACUCUCAUUUACUGAAUGCUUUUUCUUCUAAAGGUGAAUGUGAAUAUUUAGAAUAGCUCUCCUUUAAGCUUGUUAUUAAUGUUGUAAAUGUUAUCUGGUACCAAAGCUUGUUUAAUCUGAUAGUUUUGCAAACCACAUAGCAAGAUCGGAAAUAUUAGUUGAAGUAGGCCUUUCGAGCCCUUCUGUAUAACAACUUCCCAUAAACCUGUUUUCAGGGUUGUGGUUCA